AUAAAUUGCUGUCCAUUUGAGCAUUAUUUUGUAGACAGGAGAAGCGGUGAACAAUUGUUUGCUAGGAAAGAUAUUUAUAAUAUUCGGAAUAUGCUUUAUGUAACAGUUCUUAUCGUAUUGGCAUUAAGUUGUAGUGGCGUUGAUAUGUUCAUCCGUUCAACACCACCAGAAAGAAAGGCGAGCAGAAACCUUAUUAAAAAAUGGGGACAGUGGUAUACAUUUAGUGACGUCAAUCAUGACGAGGUUAUAUCAGAUGAUGACUUCGAACAAUUUGACCAUAAUUUCUACGAACGCCUUGGUAAUGUUAAUGAUGGGCAACUGAACACCAUUAAAAGGCGAUUUUAUAGGAUAUGGAAGGAAGUCAUCUUAAAUUACCAGAAAGAAAUCUCGAAAGAUGAUUUUAUAGAGAUGAUGGCGCAAAGAUAUGAUUUGGACCAAAAGGCCUUCACUGAAAUGAUACGUGAAUUUACAAAGGCAUUAUGCAAAGUAAUAGACGUAAACGGGGAUAACUUUAUAUCAGAAGAGGAAUCCAUGACGGACCUUGCUGCAGCGGGACACAAUAAGAUGACAGAAAACAAGAAAUUUUUUAUGACAUUUCAGCCAAAAAACGGAGUGAUUCCUGUAGAAAAAAUUAUCACGGAAUUCGCACGCUCUGUAACUGAGAAGUUUGAGACAAAACCGGAUCUCUUCGAAAAAGCAUACACGGAUCUGUAAUUUAAA